AUGGCUCCGAUGAAGCUCCUCGCCCUUCUCGUCGUGGCCUCCGUGCUGCUCGGCGCUCUGGUUGCGCCCUCCGCUUAUGCGGAGUCCAACGCCGUCUUCAGUGCCCAGAAUUCUGGUUCCGAGCUGACGUGCACGCAGAAGUACAAGCUCAAGUACGCCGCGUGCGACGACAAGGAGGAGAAGUGCGCGGCGAAGGCGACCACUCCCGCCGAGAAGGAGAUGUGCGAGGCGCAGUCGACGGCGUGCGAGCGCAAGGCGUACCGUGAGUUCAAGAACUGCAAGUACGGCAAGUGGGGGUGCAAGGACUGGUGCCUGUACCACCGCCGCCACUGCUACAAGAACGGCCGCGCGGACUGCGAGGAGAAGUACGGCGAGUGCGUCGAGGCGUGCAAGCCCAAGCCCAAGCCGUCCCCGCCCAAGCCUAAGCCGUCCCCGUCGCCGCCCAAGAAGGAGCACGACGACCAUCACCAUCACCAUGACGAUCAUCAUCACCAUCAUCACCACGAUGAUGAUCACCACCAUCACCACCACGACUAG